AUGCGGGUGUUGGCAUAUGGGACAUUAGUAGAUGCACAUGAUGAAUAUUUGAGCAUGAGUGUGAAUGUAACAAGGGAUGCUCUUGUAAAGUUUGUGGAAGGUGUUAUUUCAUGCUUUCAUGAAGAGUACCUUAGACGCCCUAAUCAAGAUGAUUUGGCACGACUGCUCCAUGUUGGAGAAGAAAGUGGAUUUCCAGGUAUGGUAAGCAGUAUUGACUGCAUGCACUGGGAAUGGAAAAAUUGCCCGACCGCUUGGGCUGGACAAUAUGUAGGUAGAAGUGAUAAGACAACAAUAAUUUUGGAAGUUGUUGCAUCGUAUGACUUAUGGAUAUGGCAUACAUUCUUCGGAACACCGAGUUCAUUCGAUGAUAUUAACGUCCUCCAACGAUCUCCUCUUUUUGAUGAUGUCUUGGCAGGUCAAGCACUAAAGGUGAGUUACACUGUGAAUGAUCGAGAAAAUCAUAUGGCUUAUUAUAUCACUGAUGACAUACAUCCUUCAUGGGUUGCCUUUGUCAAGUUAAUAAAUUCUCCACAACUUCGAAAACACAAGUUGUUCGUUGAACAUCACGAGGCUGCUAGAAAAGAUGUUGACUGA